UCCUAUGUGACAAUAAGAAUUGUAGAAAGCUCAGGUAAAAUUCAGCCAUGUUAAGCACAAAUUCCUCCAAAGUCCAAAACAACUUGUAGCAGUUGAAGUAAGAGAUACGUAAGAGACGGCAGCACACAGCAGCACAGAACCCUUGUGGCAGUUGAAUGAUUUUUCCACAAUGACAAGGCCUUUUUGUCUUUAGCUGUUUUGGCCUCAAUUGUUUGCUUAAAAGAAAAGCUUCUUCUGAUAUUCUUGAAAUUGUGAGAAGUUUCGAUUCUCUUCUGAUUUUGAGAAUUUCUUUAACGAUCCCAUCUGGGUUUUGUUUGGAUUCCUUGACAGAUUCACCAAAAGCAGAAUAAAAAAAGGAGCGAGAAGAAUGGCAGACUGAAGAAAGCAGCAAGCUUGGAUCAGAGGAAGGAAACUGUUCUAGUUACGAGGGGUUGGCAGUUUUGCGCUCAAAGAGGUUGGAAGAACUUGAGGAUAUGGUGAAUCAGAAAUUCAACAGUAUAAGAAACCUUCAGGAGCAACGGUUCGAGGAGAUGAAUCAAAGAAUUCUUGCUAUUGGUCAAAGAAUAGAUAAACAUGAAGUGGUUGUGGAGAAGCUUUUGGUUAGUAGUAGGAGUAAUCUUGAGAAGACAAUACAGGAGACCAAACAAAGAUGCAUGAAGUUAAAAUUCAACAGCAAUAUCUCUGUUCCUAUUCGAACUGGUGAGCAAAUCAAAGGAGAAGGAGGUAGCAAUUUGCAACUGUCUCUGAUUGAUAAUUGUACAGGAGCAGUUGUUGACUUUGGACGAGAAGCCUCUGCUAAAGUGGAAAUAGUUGCUCUCAAGGAAGGUCUGGAUGAUGAUGAAGGAGAUGCUUGGACAGCUGAACAGUUUCAAAGUAAAAUUGCUCGAGACAGGGAAGGAAAACAAUAUGUUCUUGCAGGAAAUUUGCAACCGAAAUUGAAUAAAGGAACUGUGUCUUUGUCUGAUGUUAUGUUUAGAAGUUCUCAACGCCAUAAUGGUGGCAUCUUCAAGCUAGGGGCUUGGGUUGUUGAUACUUUUGAUGGCAGUCAAGUAAUCGAAGCGAAGACAAAAUCUUUCAAAGUCCUUGACUAUCGUGGAAAAUAUACCCAGAAGCAUUACCCCCCAUCUGCAUCUGAUGAGGUUUGGCGGUUAGAGAACAUUGCGAAAAAUGGUGCUACCCAUGAACGUCUGAAGGGGGCAAAUGUGAACUAUGUGAAGGAUUUCCAGACUAGACUCUCAGAAGACCCGGAAGAGCUCAAAUGUCUAGUAGGUCUGCGUCCAACGCAGUGGGAGGCCACGGUGAGACACGCUCAAACAUGCAAACCUGAUAAUAUGGUUGGACAGGUUCCAGCCCCUGCACCAGUAUGUGUAAGUAUGUUAUAUAAUCUACCAGAAGAGACCACGGAAUCCUUCAUGAAAACCAAUUUCACUUUCUUUCUCUCUUUUUCCUUUUCCGUUUGUUGUACUUCAAGCUUGUGGCAGCUUAUGAAUAUUCAUGGACAGGGUGAUGCUUGCAAUAUGUUAGUAGCAUCUGCACAUGAAGACAAAGGAAUCCCUUUUGAUGGUAAUAUCAUGCCAGCUUUGGAGUCAAUAACCUUGCGAAGAAAGCAAAAAUUGAUCGAGCCAGCUUUUGAGCCAAUGAUCCGUAAAAUUGUGAAAGAGGAAGUUGACUUGGCAAUGAAAAAGUACUUGAUCAGUAUAAGAAGGACUUGUGGGAAAGAGAUAUGCCCUUCUGAAUCAGGAAGUUUACAGUUACAGUUUCUAAGUGGCAUUUCUCUUCCAGUUUUUACUGGAACACGUAUAGAAGGCAGGGAUUUUAACAAUCUACAAGUUGCCUUAGUUGAUCCUUUUACUGGGCAAGUUGUUUCCAUUGGUCCUCAAUCUGCUGCAAAAGUUGAAAUAGUAGUUCUUGAGGGAGAUUUUGAUGGUGAUGAAAGCGAUAAUUGGACCUUUGAAGAGUUCAAGAAUAAUAUUGUCAGAGAAAGGGAAGGCAAGAAACCCCUUCUCACUGGGGAUGCUUUUUUGACUCUUGAACAGGGCAUUGGUGUGGUCAGUGACAUUUCUAUCACAGACAACUCAAGCUGGACAAGAAGCCGCAAAUUCAGGCUGGGGGCAAGAGUUGUGGACAAUUCUGAUGGUAACAGAGUGAAAGAGGCCAAAACAGACUCCUUCAUUGUCAGGGAUCAUCGUGGAGAAUUGUACAAGAAGCAUCACCCUCCUUCUCUGGCAGAUGAAGUAUGGCGCCUAGAAAAGAUAGGAAAAGAUGGAGCUUUUCACAGAUGUCUGAGAAAAGAAAGAAUCAAAACUGUGAAGGAUUUCCUUACCCUCUAUUUUGUUGAUCCUGCAAGGCUUCGAAAUAUCCUUGGGACAGGCAUGUCAACUAAAAUGUGGGAAGUGACAGUCGAUCAUGCCCGGACUUGUGUACUUGACAAGGAAUUGUACUUCUACUAUCCAUCCAGAUCUCAGCAUAAAAAAGGUGUAGUUUUUAGUGUUGUAGGAGAGGUGAUGGGUUUUGUCUCUGAUUGCCAGUAUAAUACCCAUUGCCAGUAUAUUACCCAUGAUAAGCUGUCUGAAACAGAAAAGGCUUAUGCCCGAGAUCUGAUGGCUACUGCUUACAGGGACUGGACUGACGUGGUUUCAAUUGAUGACGAGGCCUCUCUUAUGGAUGGUUCUUUAUUCUUGUCUACCAUAGAAUACUCCUCGAAUCCUCCUAUGCUCGAUGGCAGCAAGGUUCUGAAUUCUCAUAAGAGUGGCAAAUGUGAUUAUCCAGAACCAAAUACCUGUUCUGAUAUCAUGCCAUCCAUGGAUUCACUUCGGGUUUUGAGCCCCCUGGAUGUACAUGACUUUCCCAUUGUGGACUCUCUGGAGAAUAUAUUUGGCCACCCAUUGAACAUUUCUGGCCAAGUCACGAACAACAUGAUAUGUGACAUAGACUCCAUGACUCCAGCUUUCUACGAGGACAAGCACGGGUUCGACAACUCGGCCGAGUCCGAGACGACUCGGCCGAGUCAUAACCGGAACAGUCCCUACCGUUUCGAUACCGAUACCCGAAACGCCGAUUAUACCAUAUCCGAUUUGAAUCGCUUCGAAUCAGUCGAUAUUGUCCGAGUUAGAACCGUGGAGAAAGAUAUCGGCCAAAUUCUCGGAUUUGACUCGGAUAUUGUCCGAUUUCCCAUGCUUUCUUGUUUUCCUUUUCAGCCACAAAGACAAGAUUUAGGGGAAAGGGAAGAUAAGGGGAGAAACAUAUCGUCAACUUCUGGGUGCCUUUUGCAGUGAGGGAAUAUCUUCAGAUUAGCAGAGGGGGAAGGAGAAAACAGAGAGAAAGGAAAAGGGAAAAGAAAGAACGAGGGUUACAAUUUAUUUGGAGAAGCGAGUUCUUUUGGCCACCAUGGUUAUUUGGAGAAGCGAGUUCUUUCUUCAUCGUCUGGCUGUGAAGGAAGGAGAGGAGAAAAACAGAGGGUGACGGCAGAGGGAAGGAGACAGCAGAGGGAAAGGGAAAGCGAAAGGAAGAAUGAAGGUGACGGCUGGCUAAUGUGGAGCUGAAGCUUCAAUUUCUUCGUCAUUUGUACUGGGCGAAGGGGUCUUCAAUCUGGCUGUGAAAGGGAAAUUACCAAGCUAAGGGACGGCUAAAUCUGAGAGGAAAUUGAAAAGGGUGAAAGGGAAAUUGAGAAGAAAAACGAAGAAAGGGAUGGCUAAAUCUCAGAGGAACAACACUAGUGAAGUCAGAUUGCUACUUUGAUAGUUUGAUUCCCAAUCUCACUCGGAGGAAUCGAGAGCAUCUCAAUUCUUUGGCAGUAAGUUUAUACAGAGAUGUUUCAGCAUAUGAAAGGAGCCUAAUGACAGAGCUUUGAGAGAGCGGCACCCAUUUAAUAAUCUGUCAGGAUUCAACCUGAUAAUUUGCAGAAGAGAGAAAGAAGGGAAGGAUGAUUAUGAACGGAGAGAGAAUUGAGAGGGAAAAGGAGAUAUUUUCAUUUGGAAUUCUCGUCAUGAAUCUUACUGCCGCCUUUCUACACCCUUUUGCUAUUUAUAGCAUUGUUUCCACUUCAUCAGAGCUAACCAACUUUGUAACUAACUGAACAAUUAUAACAGAUUUCCUAACUAA